ACGUCAGAGCACCUAAAAAUGAAAUAAUUAAUUAAGUCAAAUCAAAACAAAAUAGUCGCAGACAAUGGGAAUUUUGGGGGUCCGUGUAUCUUUCCGCAUUGUAAAAACUUUUCCGAAUCAAACUGGCCCCCGGCCACGCUAACAGAAACACUGCACCCGGCAAUUAGAGCCUUUCGUCCAAUGGAAUCCCAUGGAGAUAAGACAACAGCCCACCGCAGAGAUCUCCGAUCCGAUCCAACUCGAAAUUAAAGUCACAGCAGCCCCGCAUGCGCAAAAGCCAAACACAUACGACACAUUGGAUGGCGUCAACGAAAGAGAGUUGGAGGGACGUCGAAAAUGUCGCUGCGUUUCCUCCGGACUUGCGUCACAGCCCGGAGCAUCCGUCGGCUCGGCCCGAAAGCAAAUUUUCACAUUUGGGUGCGAAUAUGGGGACGAGUGCGUAUAUAAAGGAAGGGUUCUUCGCAAAACAGCACACAGAACUCGCCAGACGUUCAGAGCAAUCACAGCAAACGGCAAAGCCAACAACCAAAGGAUAAUACCUCAACCUUUCCCUUUCAACGGAUUUUAGAAAUUAUAACCAGUUCAGACCGAAACAAACAUACACACCAUGGAUCUUAAGCAAUUGUACUCUUGGGUCUGCCUGCUGGUUAGCAUCAUUAUCUGCAAAGUGUCCCAGACCGCGGCCAAACCUACCUACUAUGACCUGGAUAGCUACGAGGCAUAUGAUACCGAUCGCUAUGACAGCGGCAGCUCGUACGCCCUCACUUAUGGGAAACCCUUGACAGAAAACCGCCUGAAGAAGUUGAACCCAGGCUACUACUACGUGGACGAUGGCUACAUCGCACCCGUCUCAUCCAGUGCCGGGACCAAUACCCGCCGCGAGGAUUCAAGCCCGCAAAACGGCGCCGCACUGCCAUACAACGUCAAGUUCACUCCCAUUGUUCGCGUCCGACAGACCAAGACCAAGCGCAAGAAGCUUUUCGUGCCCAACUUCUUCGGCUAGACGGUGCUGGUCCUUCUGCCGGGACUGAGAGUACAGACUGAGGAUGAUUAGUAUAGAGCUUAGUUUUAGAAUUCGCGUGGCUCGCACACCAAAGUACCUUAUACUGUUACCUAUUUAAU